AUGCCCUAUCUUCUGCAUAUGCGACAUAUCACGACGAACCUAGGGUUGUACGACCAGCGCGUCGCUUCACGGGUCUAUGAUCCAUUAAACCCUAGAACGACACGCGCUAGAGCCGUUCUCGCUUGGGGCAUGCACCACUGGGCCAUUUCGGCCGAAUUUGCUUUUCGCACAAGCCUUGGGUUCGAGAAUGUGCCGCCGGUCCCACCUCCCAGGCCUCGGGCAGGAAGGACGUUAAAAGCACUCAGGGAUAAAGUCUUUGUUACUCAAGCAGGCCUAAGCUCUAUCAUGAAACACAUCGUUCCUCUGCAACGAGAGCACUCGAAAGGUCCUUUGACGUUGCCGUAUCUCACAGCAGCGCUUGGUCUGUAUGAGCAAUUAAGAACUUGGUGGAUGUCGAUAGAUCCCGCUUUGAGAAGUCUGCAAGUCAUAGAAGAAGCUCCACCGCAUGUGUUCAUGGUCACCUGCAUGUAUCAUUUCGCGGUCGGUGACUUGUUCCGCCCAUUCAUCACCACAUCCACUCGUCCCACACCACACGCAGCGCCUCUGAUCGAAGCCGGCCUUCCCAUUGAACCCUGUCUGUCCGCUGCUGUGGAUGCCACUCGUCAAUCUCGUACGCUGCACAGGUGCAUCGCGAAGCUCUACAGCUACGAUCAGUUCAUGGGCUUCUUGCCGUACUACGCAUUCCCCGUGGCUUUCGAGACACUACCCUCAACCUCAUCGCUGAGUCUGACGUUCUCUUGGGACGCUGCAUCCGCCUUUCUCGCCGAUCUUCGCAUCUUGGCUCACGCCAGCAAGCAGCUUCCGGCCGUUCCGCUGGCCACGCUGGGCAUAGAGAAAGCGGCGUCCAACAUGAAUAUUGUCUUGCCAGACGAAGCAAAGCAGAUCUUUGGUGAGAUCAAGCGCAGGCUUGCAGAGGACAAUGACCAGGAAAGUCAGAUUGGGUCGUUGUCUUCAAUACUGCCAACUCCAACGUUCAGGCUUCGAGAUUGA